CACGGCUCUCACAUUGCCUCAUGUUUUGACGGGACCGUGUUCGACUACUCUACCCGUGGUUAGCAGUAAGGUAUAAUCGACUCCCCCUGCUGCUGGGAUCAUACACAGUCAUCAUUACUUCGACAUAUUAUGUACCAUGCCCUGAUCCGGACCCACCAUAUCACCUCAAAGAAAAAGAUAGCACGCCUCAAAACUGCCGCCAAAGCGCUCCAAUGCUUUGCUCUGCUUCGCUCUGGCGGCGUCCCCGGAGUCAUGUAUGUUCGGGGCGAAGACAAAUACAACGUGCAGAAAUGGGUCGACACAGUCCAUGAGUUACGGUACAAAGACUACCAGCUCGUCGCCCCAGUGCACGCUGUCCCACCAGAUACGCAGCUCGAACGAGAUGCUGGCGACUCCGAGCCAUCACUAGGUAUACUAGAAGAAGUCGACACCGUCAAGGAAAUGGCUGCCCAUAUGGAAAAGAGAGGACUUCAGAAGUGGUGGCGAGUGGCCAUGAGAUUCGCUCGUGAAUGAAAUUCAGCCAUGAGAUAGUAGAUGGCUGAGACCCGCAACACUUGCAAAGUAUCCAUGCGACACAUCCGUAUCACGGAUUGUGAAAUUGGAGGCAUUGAACCUCGUUUGAGUUCCUGUAUGUCCGGUGCUCCAGACCAAUGACGACAAUAUUAUGUUCUAGCUCUACAGCAAUAUUAUAUUGCUGGAACUAUCACGCCCAGAGCACCCUUCACGCCAUGCAGAACCGACCCAGACAAUAUCUUACAAUUUUUGGUACUCGAGCUUGCCCUCCAACUUCUUCGCCUCGGCCACCUUCCGCACAGCCUUGUUGAAGUCAUCCUGAUUUACUGCAUCUCGGUAGUCCUUGAUGGCGAAAAGUCCGGCUUCGGUGACGACGUUUCGCAAAUCAGCUCCGUUCAGCCCAUCGCUCAUCUUGACCACGCUCUCGAAAUCGAUGUUGCCUUCUGUCACCACACCCGCAGCAUGGAUUUUCAGAAUUUCCAAUCUGCCUACCUCGUUCGGUAGCGGAAUCUCGAUCUUUCUGUCAAGCCGUCCAGCUCGUAGCAAUGCCGGGUCGAGUGUGUCGGGUCUAUUGGUUGCCAUGAUGAUCUUGGUCUUUCCCAGAUAGUCAAAGCCGUCCAACUGGUUCAGCAGCUCCAUGAGCGUUCUUUGAAUCUCUCGAUCGGCCGACGUGCCUUCACUGAACCGUCUUCCUCCAAUAGCGUCGAUUUCGUCCAUGAAGAUGAUACAAGGCUCGUGUUCUUUGGCGUACCCAAACAUCUCUCUUAUCAACCGGGCAGAUUCACCAAUGUAUUUGUCAACAAUGGCGGAGGACACAACUAGCCAAAAGUUAGUGGACCGCGAUUAGCAGCGAAGCCAAAGAAACCCACCUUUGAGGAAGUUCGUGUCAAGACUGCUCGCAACAGCCCUGGCCAGCAGUGUCUUUCCCGUUCCGGGUGGCCCGUAAAGUAACACGCCUUUGGGAGGUUUGAUGCCGACUCGUACGAAAAGCUCCGGGUUCUUUAAUGGUAAUUCGAUGACUUCCCUCAACUCUCUGAUUUGCUCAUUCAGACCACCAAUACCGGCAAAGGACACUUGCCCGGGGUCUUCCAGUGACAUGUUGUAGACGAGGGGAUCUACUUCCCGCGGAAGCAUUCGCAUGAUUGUAAGGGUCGUCAUAUCCAGCGCCACUCGCGUUCCUUGUUUCAACUUGCUCUUAUCGACCUUGGACCGGCAGCCAACAACGUAUCUGGGACCGGAGGAAGCCUUCACAAUGACUAAUAUAUGUCAGCAUCCCGAAUGUCAUUUAUAG